CAAGUGUAAUGCAAAUAUAAAGAGGGGAGGGUGGAAGUCCCAUGAAACCAAAUCGGAGAAGUUAAGGAAGAAAGAUGGAGUCUCAGAGCCAAAUCAGGGAAGUCCCUCUUGAAGGCACCUUCGGCAACGUGUACUGUAAAUGUGGAGAGGGCUGGACAUGUGUGAUCAGCAAGACCACAGGGCCUGAUGCUGGCAAACCCUACUUUAAAUGUGGCGAAAGUUGCGACUGCUCUAUAGAUGGGGCAAAAGUGCCAGGAGAGGAGGUGAAGGAGGUAGGAGAUGCUGCGAGCGGAGCGUACUGCAAGUGUGGAGAAGGAUGGAGCUGUGUGAUUUCUAGGGUUCAGCCAUCUGAUGCGCAGAAAGGUUUUGAAUGCGCUGGACCCUGCACCUGCGCUGUGGAGGCCAAAUGAAUGGUGCUUCUUCACUGAUAUAAUUAUCUGCUUGCGUCUGUGGUUUACUUUGGUUGCAGAAAUAAAGAAAUAUUAUUGUAUGUUCAAACUCCUCACUUUGGUUAUUUUAUGUAUCCCCAUGUAUUUGCGUGUGUGAUUUUCUAGCAAAUCAAGGUUUGUAUGUAAUAUGCUUUAAUUUAAUUAAUCAAAUAAACUUUUCAUCAACGAAA